AUGGCACCCCCAGGCCGCCGACGCACCCUCCCUCUCCUUCCAAUGCUCACCCUCCUCAUCCUCCUCCUGACCAGCACCGCCUCCGCCGCCUCCGCAGUCCUAGGCAUCGACCUAGGAACCUCGUACCUCAAAGCCGCGCUCGUAAAGCCUGGAAUCCCGCUCGAAAUCGUGCUCAGCAAAGACUCAAAGCGCAAAGAAGCCGCAGCCGUCGCGUUCAAGCCGACCUCUCGCUCCGCACCAGCUUCAGGAAGUUUCCCGGAGCGGGUGUAUGGCGGCGACGCACUGGCGCUCGUGGCACGGUUUCCGGGAGAUGUGUACCCGAACCUGAAACCGCUUUUGGGGGCACUCGCUGCGGGGGCAGAGUCGGCGGAGGUGGUGGGCGAGUAUGGACUGCGACAUCCGGCGCUUGCGCUCGAAGGCGUGGAGGGGAGGGGCACGGUGGGGUUCAAGAGCCAGAGUUUUGGUGCUGGGGAACCGCCGUUCUCGGUGGAGGAGCUGCUGGCGAUGGAGCUGAAGAAUGUGCGCGAGAAUGCGCAGGCGAUGGCGGGGAAGAGCUACCAGAUCAGCAAUGUGGUGAUCACAGUUCCGGCAUUCUGGACGGCAGAUGAGAGGCGCACGGUGCAGAUUGCGGCGAAUUUGGCAGGCUUGAAUGUCAUGGGGCUUGUUUCGGAUGGGCUGGCUGUGGGGAUACACUAUGCGACUAGCAGGACCUUCCCGAGUAUCAGCGAGGGCGGGAAGCCGGAGUAUCACUUGGUGUUUGAUAUGGGCGCAGGCUCGACGACUGCUACCGUGUUGAGAUUCCAGGGCAGGACCGUUAAAGAUGUUGGGAAAUACAACAAGACGAUUCAGGAGGUCACGGUGCUUGGGACAGGGUGGGACCGGACGCUGGGCGGCGACUCGCUGAAUGGACUGGUCAUGGAUCACAUGGUCGAGCAGUUCGUGGCGAGUUCUGGCGCACAGAGUGCCGGCGUUACAGCUGAGGCUGUCAACACACACGGCAGGACCGCUGCGAAGCUAUGGAAGGAGGCGGAGAGGAUAAGACAGGUGCUCAGCGCCAACCAGGACACCAGCUCCUCCUUCGAAGGCCUAUACGACGAUGUCGACUUCCGAUACAAGCUGUCCAGGACGGCUUUCGAGGAGAUGGCUGCAGACUUCGCAGGAAGAGUAGAGGUGCCAAUCAAGCAAGCUCUGGACGCAGCGAAGCUUACCGUUGAUGAUCUUACGUCCUUGAUACUGCAUGGUGGUGCCAUCCGGACUCCAUUUGUGCAGAGGAAGCUCGAAGCCAUGGCCGGGGAUGCCUCGAAACUGCGCAGCAAUGUCAACGCCGAUGAAGCAGCCGUGUUUGGCGCUGCGUUCAAAGGCGCAAGUCUUAGCCCUAGCUUUAGGGUGAAGGAAAUCCGCGACACCGAUGCGGCAAACUAUGCCGUCACCAUGCAGUGGAAGGAGAACUCGAAGGACCGCAGCCAGAAGCUAUUUACGCCCACUUCGCAAGUUGGGGCUGUCAAGCAGGUCCCAUCCAAGAUGACUGCCGACUUUGAGUUCAAGCUAUCACAACAGAUCCCGUCUGGUGGCGAUGCUUCAGCUUACAAUGAAAAGGCCGUCUUGUCUGUAAAGACGACUAACCUUACGAAGAGCAUCGCCAGUCUCACUGAUGAUCACGGAUGCGCCAAAGAUGAUAUCAAGGCCGCAUUUUCGAUCCAACUUAGUCCUGUAGAUGGUCUGCCCGAAGUCACAAAGGCUACCGUAAGCUGCGAAGUCUCAGAGGUUGAGAAGAAAGGCGGUGUCGUCGAUGAUGUCAAGGGCUUCUUCGGCUUCGGCUCGAAAAAGGACGGACAGGACGCCUUGAAGGAUGAUGAACCGCCUGCUCCAGAAGCUGCCGACCCCGAACCCUCGGCAACUUCAUCUGCCUCUUCUUCUACCGCGGAGCCACAGCCAUCAGGCUCCGCCAUCAAGAAAGAUGAGAAACCUGCAACGCCGAAAAAGAAGACCGUCACCAUAGAUGUUGGUAUCACGCAGACUCCAGAGGGUAUAGAAGGCUUGAGCCAGAGUGAGCUCAAGCGGAUAAAAGACAGACUGGCCGCAUUUGACAAGUCAGAUGCGAACCGCCGGCUUCGAGAAGAAGCACUAAACACCUUAGAAGCAUACACCUACCGUGCACGUGACAUGAUAACCGGCGAAGGCUUCAUCGCAGCGUCCGCGCAGGAAGUGCGUGACAAGAUUCAGCAGCAGCUAAGUGACGUCAGCGAGUGGCUGUACGGCGAAGGAGCAAGUGCUCCACAGGAAACGCUCAAGAAGAGACUCGAUGACUUGAAAGCUCUGAUUGAGCCGGUGCAGAAGCGCAUGGAUGAGGCCCGUAAACGUCCAGAGCAAAUCAAGCUGCUCAGGGAAGCACUCGACCAGACCAACACCAUGCUCGGCAUGGUCAAAGGCUCGAUGGAGAAAGCGGCUGAGAUGGCGAAGUCCGCGGCAGAGGAGGCUUCGAAGUCUGCAACCUCAGUCACCUCUUCAAUAGCAGAGGCAGUAACUGGCAGCAGCGACCCGCUUGCGGAGCUGGAGGAGGAGACGGAUGCUCCUAGCAGUACCACGUCGGCAGGAGAGCCUUCAUCCACCCCGCACGUGUUCGAGUAUACGCAGGAUGAUCUAUCCGCAUUGGAAAAAGCUUACACUUCCAUCAACGACUGGCUCACGACUAAGCUCGAGGCGCAAAGCAAGCUCUCCGAGACCGAGGAUCCGGCCAUACUGUCCACAGACCUGGAGGCAAAGGCCAAACAGCUCAACGACGUCGUCAUGGACCUACUGCAAAGGAAACUCAAGGCACCACCAAAGCCUAAGAAGUCGAAGGCGUCGAAACCCAAGACGAAGAAGAGCUCCGCCACUAAGAAGGCCGACAAAGCAGCCAAGGAGACGGAAAGGGCUGAGGGGGAGCCGAUCACGGUCAAGCUGGGGGAGGAUGGGUCGAUCCCGGAUGUGGAGGAUAUCCUGAGGCAGGUCAAGGAGGAAGAGGCGGCGAAGAAGGAGCAUGACGAGCUGUAA